GUUUCCAUAAACAUCCCGAGCUUGACCUCAUUACGUCGACGCUAUGCAGAGUAGCCAUUUUGAAGCAACAACGGAUUUAUUCUAAUAUUGAUGAAUUUUUGUCGAAUAUCUUCCAUUAAUUAAUUGGCAGAAAGAUGGAGGGAGGCCAUCAGAGAUAUCAGCAUGACGUUUCCAUGGCUACCGACCUCAGUCUGUCCACAAUGAAUGAACAAGAAGACAUGGCACUGUACCAGCAACCACUAGACCUGCAAGCAAACUGUCAGAGCAACACCGCCAUGCAACACGGAUAUGUCAGCAACUAUAACAUGGCACCCUCCUCUAGCAGGGGUUAUAUGUCGUCUAAUGUAACAGAUCAGUAUCACACCAACUCUCAUCUGACGUCAUACAAGUCCACAUACACAAGCCCAGGUAAAACUGCCUACGCUGGAAGUGACCAGUACAACACUGGAAAUGUCACUGCUCAAGACUACUCCCAGAAAGACCUACCAAACACUCCCGUCAUGGCAUACAAAAGUCCCACAUCACUGAUAAAACCUCCCAAGGGCUACACUGGUAGGGGGAGUGAGUUUGGUGCUGUGAUGCCAGCCUACAGAAACAAUGUAAUAGAUAACACCCCUACAGCAGUCAAUCAAGACCCCCCAACACCCCUGAAAAAUCCAGAUCCACCCCCAGCAAUGAAAACAACACCAUACAAGCCAAGGCAUAACAUCAGUGAGAAGGUGAUGAGAAUGGAGCCAGAACCCGAGACAACAGAAGACAAACUGGCCACGCAGGAUUACACCGAGACCAAUCUACCCCGGGAGCUGAUGAGUAAGAUGUUUGGCUUGCUGAAGCAGGGCAUGUUUUGGGAUGCUGUUCUUGUGGCUGGAAGCAAAGAAAUCAGGGUACACAAGCUUGUUUUGAUGGCCGCCAGCCCUUUUCUGAUGAACAAGAUGGCUAACCCUAGUCCUGGUGAGUCUAUAAGAGUGAGCUUACCAGCGGGAAUUCCCGUGGAGGUGGCAUCUCAGCUCGUACACUACCUGUACGAUGGAAAUGUAACCAUCACAACAGAAAAUGUAGGGCAGUUCGCCCGGAUAGCCAAGCUGUUCCACCUAGAGCACCUGCUUAAGAUCUGUACACAAUUCAUAUUACACUACAAGCUGGACAGCUCCUUACUGAAAGUCACGAAUGAGGACAUCUCCAUCGUGGUUAGUGUCAUAUCACCCCAGAAAGCUGCAGCUGCUCCAGAGAGUGUCCAGAAAACACCCCCAAAGAAGGAGGAACAGACUGUUAGUAAACCUCCCACCAGUGGGGGAAAGAAACCCAUUAAAGAGGCCAACAAGCAGUGCCCCUUCCCCACCACUGUUAAUCACGUGUAUGGAACCCGUACCCAGUCUGGCACAGUGAAAAAGAAGACAUUUAAAGACACGCUUACUAGUGGCUUAAAGAAAGGAAACAACACAAAGAAACUAAAUACUGCAGUAACAAAACCGGAAUCUGUAACAGAGAAUAAAACUGCUGUCUCUCCAAAACAAAAGAGCAACAUUCCCACUGUCGUGGCACAGACCUCCUAUCUGAAUCACCCCAGAAAGAGGAGGCUCUCCAUGCUAGCUCAGGAGACCGCGGGCAACAAAGAGUCCUCAGAGAAUGUGGGAGGGGAUCUAGAAGGGGUGUCGGAGGAGGAGUUGGAUGAUGACGCGGACAGUGACUACACUCCCCCCUCCAUCACCACACAGUCAGGGAUGCAGAGGGCCGUGUUUGAAGGGGCCAGGAAGGGGAAAAUGUUCAAAUCACUGAAAAAGUCAGCAACUCUCAGCAGCAUCAAGAAAGGCCUAGGCAAAAAGAGAGCUCAGACCAGCUCUCCUCUCCUGAAGUCAGAGACUACGAGGCAGCCCCCGAAGAAGAGAGCCAGAGAAUUCGCUGAAAAAGAGGUGGAGGAAAUGGCCUCCUACAUCUUCAAGAACGAACCAACGGCAUUCACCAACAUCAAACCCCUGCAGGGGACCAAAGGCAAGAAGAAGAAGAAACCCAGCAAAAGCAAGUCUACAGGAUCAUCAAAACUAACACCAUAUUCAGGGAUAAGUCGUUACGCUUCUGAACUCGAAGAAAUGGCAAAAUCAGUCCAAGAGGAUGAGAAGGUGUUUAUCUGUAAAUUGUGUGGGAAUGAGUUUGUGUUUCCUAAGCGCUGCAUCACCCAUGUCAUGAAAACCCAUGAAAUGAAUGUGGCUGAUUCUGUUAACCACAUAGAGAUAGGUAAAAGGGAGGCAACUCCUAAAUCCUGCGAUGUUUGUGGCUAUGUUACUAAGGAUGCUAAUCAUUAUUACAUGCACUACCAUAAGUAUUUCAAACAUGGAGUUCCUCUGCCGAAAGGCUGGAAGGCAUUUAAAUGUGACAUAUGUGGAAAAGAAUGUUUCACAAAGUUCCAGUUGAAGGACCACAAACUCAUUCAUGUGGAACAGACUCCUUUUGUUUGUGAAACUUGUGGCACAGGGUUCAAAUCCAGAACAUGCCUAAACAGCCAUGUCUACCAUAAACACAGUACAGUACGCAAGCACCCAUGUACAGAGUGCACCAAGACAUUUAAAACUCGAACUCAAUUGUUAGUGCACAAGCGAACACACAGUGGUGAAAAGCCCUUCCAGUGUCCAGAAUGUACCUAUAAAAGUACAACCCGAGGAAACAUGAGGAUCCACCUCACAAACAAGCAUAAACUCAGUCCUGACGAAAUCAAGUACCUCAUGGAGUCUAUCAAGUUUGACAGCCCCUCAGUGCUAUGUAUUGUAGAGGUUAAUGAAGAUUAUGAAGAACCUCCAAACUCUACGCAAAAAGAGGUGAAGCCAAAGUCAGGUCCUUCCAAGGAACCCGCUAAACAACAGAGUGUGAUGGUAAUGAAUCAGAAAGGAGAGGUGGAUUUACUGGACAGCCAGACUUACAAUGAAUCUCUCACCACUUUAGGAGGUCCGAAACUCGCGGCACAGCCUCAAGUCCGAGUCAGCGAGUCGUCUGAUGUGCCUCCCCUACACACUACACUGAGCUCACUGAUUGAGUCUUCUGGUAGUACAGGGACAACCCCCUCCUCUGUGACUGGCCUACAGGAUCCCCAGCAGUAUCUCCUACAGACCAUCAACAUACCCAUCUCCCAGGAUGUGCCGAUGGGAGACGCGGAGACGGCUCAGCUGCUGCUGAAUCAUGUCAGUGGUGAACAACUGCACCACACUGAUCACCAGUAUACAAUGGAGUCUCCCAUCAACCUAGUACAGGACACACAGAAUAUAAAUACAGCCAGUCAAGGAGUCAAAACUUAUACUAAUGAUGAUAUCCAGUCCAUGCUUGCCAACAACGUAAGGUCGUACGGACAGCAAACCAAGUCUCAGAAUGAAACCUAUAUACAGAUGGUUCCUGCUGCUCAUCUUCAGCAUGUUCAACUGCAGGAUGGUUCAUCUCAGAAUAACCUGAACAUGAACCAGUCCACACAAUUAAUCACUCCUCAAGAAAUCCCUGUUCAGAACAUGUCCCCAAUAAAGAAACAGAUACAGUACCAGUACCAACUGAAUGCGGAUCCCACUAACUCUAUAAUGAUCGACAACCAGGAACACACAAGUUCAAACCAGCUGACGUCCACUCACACACAGCCAUCAGUGUCCCUCCUACCAGUCAGUUUACAGACGUCCUACACCCCAGUCUCCCAGUAUGUCACCAUAGCCAGGAGAAAUGACCAACAAGCAGUGCCCUCUAAUUCAGGAGCAGUAACUGUGCAUGCAUACAUUGUCAGACCUCAGAAAACAGGAUCAGAGACUCAAAAAAAUUAUCCCCCUGUAUUACAGGCCCAGAAGAAGGUGGAUGAGGAUAUUCUUCCUCCCACACACACGCUGUGGAACACGCCGAUAACGAUACAGGACACGGUGACGUCGGGGGCACCAGCUGGACAGAGGAGUCAGGCGCGUCACCCCUACAACACCGGUCAAACAACCGGGCGCUACACCGCUAACGAAAAUAACAAUGUCAGUUAUCAGUAUUCAAACUUCAAGUCAUAAUCAGUGCUAAUGAAAUGAAUUCCUCAUGUAAUUUAAAACCACAUCUGUAGCUGAUUCAUUGUGCAAUUUAUGGAGAAUGAAAUAAAUACAUUUGUGGCUUAAUAACAAAUUAUAUCUAAUUCUAUCUUGUAGGGCUAAGUUCUCAUUGAUGACCAGUAGUUUAUUUCAUACAUCUGAUUAUAAAGGAAAUAAAUGGAUUGAGAAUGCUUUA